AAAGCCGUGCCUGUGCACAACCAGGCGGACAGCCGAAUGCUGGCCACCCAGUGCCCCUGUGGCCCAUAAUAAGAGCUCAGAGGGUGUGCCUUGCCCAGGUUGCAGGACCUGGCGGCCAGCUCCUAGCAUGCAUGCCUUUGGGGUCUGCGGUAGCCUGGGCACCUGGUGUGGGGUCUGGGCCAGCCAGUCUUACGGCACUGUGCCUUUGUCCCCCAUGCAGUGUGCCUGCUCUGAGCUGACAUGGCUUCCGCUGGUCUGCAAAUCCUGGGGAUGGUCCUGGCACUGCUGGGGUGGGUGAAUGCUCUGGUGUCCUGUGCCCUGCCUCUGUGGAAGGUGAGCGCCUUCAUCGGCAACAACAUCGUGGUGGCCCAGGUGACGUGGGAGGGGCUGUGGAUGUCCUGCGUGGUACAGAGCACCGGCCAGAUGCAGUGCAAGGUCUACGACUCAGUGCUGGCGCUGCCGCAGGACCUGCAGGCGGCACGCGCCCUGGACGUCAUCGCCCUCUUGGUGGCCCUGCUGGGCCUGCUGGUCUACCUGGCGGGGGCCAAGUGCACCACCUGUGUGGAGGACAAGGACUCCAAGGCCCGGCUGGUACUUGGCUCUGGGAUCAUCUUUGUCAUCUCUGGGGUCCUGACCCUGAUCCCUGUCUGCUGGACAGCCCAUGCCGUCAUCCGGGAUUUCUACAACCCACUGGUGCCUGAGUCCCAAAAGCGAGAGCUGGGGCCCUCCCUCUACCUGGGCUGGGCAGCCUCGGGCCUUUUGCUGCUGGGCGGGGGGCUACUGUGCUGCACGUGCCCUUCUGGGGUGUCCCGGGGCUCUAGCCACUAUAUGGCCCGCUACUCAGCAUCUGCUCCACAGACCACCUCCCGGGUGCCUUCCGAGUACCCCACUAAGAAUUACGUCUGAGCAGGCAGGGGUAGAGGCGAGGGCUGGAGCCCUCCAGAGAUGGUGUGUGGGGGUUGUUUGUUGGUUUUAUCUUUCAAUUUCGCUUUUUGCUGUGUUUAUCUGGGGGAGUAUUUUUAAAUCCCCUUGAUGACCGAACCAUGAAGGUGAUGGAGACAUCCCCGGGGCUCUGCUGUUGCCGUUCUCACCUUGGGUGCUGGGGCAGAGAGGUGAUGCUCGGCAGUUUCUGGGUCUUUCUCCACCCUGGACGUCGCCAGCCCGGAGCCAGCCCGGAGUUCUGGGACCAGUGUGAAGACUGCUUGCCAUCCUGGCCUUUGGGACAAGAUGCCCGUCUCCGAGAGUUCCUGCUGCUGCCGGAACUGCACAGUGCCCCCUUCCUCGUCGGGCCCCUGGGGCCCCUAGGGACUCUGAAGCCUCCUCACCCCUGCAAGAAUGAGCAAUGAGUUAGCAGAGAACUGUCCACCUCCAUGUCCGUCCCCUAGCCACUGGCCUCUCACACUGUUCCUGUAUCUGUCCUCCCCAAGUCAGGCCCCCUGCGCUGUGUGUAGAAGACCCUCACCUCUGCCCCCACAUUUCUGCCCACACUCACUUGUUCUUGCUGAAUAAAGC